GUUAAACAACCGAUAUUACAUAUUAAUAUUUUUGCAAGUCCUUGCUUCAUGCCUCUCGACGGACACGGCUACCUGACAUCGUACGGAUGGUCAGGCAAAGGCACAGGCCUUCGCACGGGCGCUAUCGACAGGCCCCUUGCUAUCCCCCAAAAACGAAACCUCGCUGGCGUAGGCAAGGACCGUGACGAGGCAUUCCCCUUCUGGGAUCACUUAUAUUCAGCUGCCACGAAAGCUAUCACCAUCAAGAUAGCAGAUGAUGAUGACAGCGAUGUCGACGACGAUCAAAACGAGGAUUCAUUAGAGUCCACGACCCUUCAACUAAAACGAACUACGACGGGCAUCAUCUCGAAUAGAAGACCGUUGUCAGGUACCCCUGCAACCGGAAUAUCUACCCCAGACUCAGACACUUACCCACGCACCUCCGUAAUGACCAUUGCGAAACGCGAGGCUGCAAGGAAGGGCUUAUAUUCUCGAUUUUUCCGUGGGCCAAUGUUGGCCCCUGAUGACUCUAGCAAUUUAGUCAUCAUCGCUCCUCAGACUGAUGUCCCAAGCAGCAAGGAAAGUACAAAGCGGAAAUCGUCAGAGCUGCUUGAGACUCGAGAGCAACGGAGAGAAAGAAAACGACUGAAACGGAAGAAAAAGGAUAAGAAAGCGGCAAAGAGAGCAGCAAAAGCUAAAAAAGAAAAGCCCGUACUACACGACCUCAAGACGAAGGACGAGCGCAGUUCGCGGAAGAAAGCCAAGAGGACUAUGAAAAAAUUAGAGGUAAAUUCUCCUGAUAUUGCAGAACGUCGAAAACCACCUAGAGAUGUGGUCUUCGCGAGCGUCGAUCAGCUUCGAUCAAAGAGACAUUGUGAAGGAUCCAUAGAUGCUUCUCCUCAGGUUGACGACCCUGCGACCAAGGACAACAUAGAUACAAAGAAGAGAAAUAAGAAGAGGGAAAAGAAAGAUUCAUAAUUUAGCAUUUCAUCCUGUCACCAUUGACAUUAUCGCAGGUUUAUACCAUUGCAUUGCCAUUCGAGUAUUUCUCAUAAAAACAUAAAACACCA